AGCCAUUUUGUCAGUCGCCAGCGGAUCCCGCGCGCUGGGGAAGUGCAGUUCCCCCUGGUUACCAACUCGUCCCCUUUUCCUUCGGACUAAGGGAGCCGUCGAAGAGUGCUCGCCAAAGGCGCAGCCGUUUCUCCCUGCGGUGCCGCCGCUCCUGCUGCAGCCGCCCGUAGGUAGUGGGCCGUUUUUCUCACCUGUCCCUGACAGGCGCCCUCAGGGAGCCGCGGUCCGCGAUGUCAAGCGAGGAGAGCUACCGGGCCAUCCUGCGUUACCUGACGAACGAGCGCGAGCCCUACGCGCCGGGCACCGAAGGCAAUGUCAAGCGUAAAAUCCGAAAAGCUGCCGCCUGCUACGUGGUGCGCGGCGGGACUCUGUAUUACCAGCGGCGGCAGCGACACCGCAAGACCUUCGCGGAGCUGGAGGUGGUGCUGCAGCCGGAGCGACGCCGGGACCUCAUCGAGGCGGCGCACCUGGGUCCCGGCGGCACUCACCACACCCGGCAUCAGACUUGGCACUACCUGUCCAAGACGUACUGGUGGCGAGGUAUAUUGAAGCAAGUCAAAGAUUACAUUAAACAGUGUAGCAAAUGCCAGGAGAAACUAGAUCGAUCCCGUCCAAUAUCAGAUGUUUCAGAAAUGUUGGAAGAAUUGGGACUAGACCUUGAAUCUGGAGAAGAAAGUAAUGAAUCAGAAGAUGACCUGAGCAACUUUACUUCAUCUCCAACUACAGCCUCCAAGCCUGUAAAAAAGAAGCCAGUAUCCAAACAUGAACUUGUGUUUGUUGACACCAAAGGAGUGGUAAAACGUUCUUCUCCAAAACAUUGUCAGGCUGUCUUAAAACAGCUGAACGAACAGAGACUUUCCAACCAGUUCUGUGAUGUUACUUUGUUAAUUGAAGGAGAAGAGUACAAAGCACAUAAAUCUGUUUUGUCAGCAAAUAGCGAGUAUUUUCGAGAUCUUUUUAUUGAGAAAGGAGCUGUUUCCAGUCAUGAGGCUGUGGUGGAUCUUUCUGGUUUUUGUAAGGCCAGCUUCCUUCCUUUACUGGAAUUUGCCUAUACUUCUGUACUAAGUUUUGACUUCUGUAGCAUGGCUGAUGUAGCCAUCUUAGCUCGUCAUCUUUUCAUGUCAGAAGUCUUAGAGAUUUGUGAAAGUGUACAUAAGUUAAUGGAAGAGAAGCAGCUAACAGUAUAUAAGAAGGGUGAAGUACAAACAGUUGCAUCCACCCAGGACUUACCAGUACAGAAUGGGGGUACAGCACCUCCUGUGGCUAGCAAUGAGGGAACAACAACUUUAUCUACUGAACUUGGAGAUUGUGAAAUUGUACUGCUGGUAAAUGGAGAAUUGCCAGAAGCUGAGCAGAAUGGAGAGUUAGGACGACAGCCUGAGCCCCAGGUUUCUUCAGAGGCUGAAGCUGCCCUGUCAUCUGUAGGAUGUAUAGCUGAUUCCCAUCCUGCAAUGAAGUCUGUUGAUUUAAUAACAAAAAACAACCAGACAAAACUGGAAACUUCAAACAACAGAGACAAUAACACAGUUUCUAAUAUAUACCCAAAACUUUCAAAAGAGAAUGUAAUUAGUAGUUCACCAGAGGUUAGUGGUAUGGGAAAUGAUGUAUCAGCUGAGGAUAUCUGUGCCGAAGACAUUCCAAAACGUAGGCAGAAUGUUGACCAACCUUUAAAAGAUCAGGAAAAUCUAGUUGCAUCAACAGCAAAGACAGACUUUGGCCCUGAUGAUGAUACUUACAGAAGCAGGCUUCGACAACGUUCUGUUAAUGAAGGGGCAUAUAUUCGACUACACAAGGGAAUGGAGAAAAAGCUGCAGAAACGGAAAGCCAUUCCCAAGUCAGCAGUUCAACAGGUGGCUCAGAAGUUAGUUCAAAGAGGAAAGAAGAUGAAACAGCCAAAAAGAGAUGCUAAAGAGAACCCUGAAGAGGCAUCUCAUAAAUGUGGGGAAUGUGGAAUGGUUUUUCAGAGACGAUACGCCCUUAUAAUGCACAAACUGAAACAUGAAAGAGCUAGAGAUUACAAAUGUCCGUUGUGUAAAAAACAGUUUCAGUACAGUGCCUCUUUGCGAGCACAUCUUAUUCGUCAUACUAGAAAAGAUGCACCCUCUUCAUCCUCGUCCAAUUCUGCAUCUAAUGAAGCAUCGGGAACAUCAUCUGAGAAGGGCAGAACCAAGCGGGAAUUUAUAUGUUCCAUAUGUGGAAGAACAUUACCUAAGUUAUAUUCUCUCCGAAUACAUAUGUUAAAGCACACAGGUGUAAAGCCACAUGCAUGCCAGGUCUGUGGAAAGACUUUUAUCUAUAAGCAUGGUCUAAAAUUACAUCAGAGUCUUCAUCAAUCCCAAAAGCAGUUCCAGUGUGAACUAUGUGUUAAGUCUUUUGUUACCAAACGGAGUCUUCAAGAACAUAUGAGUAUUCACACAGGAGAGUCCAAGUACCUUUGCUCAGUUUGUGGAAAGUCUUUUCAUAGGGGCUCUGGACUCAGCAAGCACUUCAAGAAACACCAACCAAAGCCUGAGGUUCGAGGCUAUCAUUGUACUCAGUGUGAAAAAAGUUUCUUUGAAGCUAGAGAUCUUCGCCAGCACAUGAACAAACAUCUUGGUGUGAAGCCAUUCCAGUGCCAAUUUUGUGAUAAGUGCUAUAGUUGGAAGAAAGAUUGGUAUUCCCAUGUGAAGUCUCAUUCUGUCACUGAGCCUUAUAGGUGUAAUAUAUGUGGCAAAGAAUUUUAUGAAAAAGCUUUGUUCAGAAGGCAUGUAAAGAAAGCUACCCAUGGGAAAAAAGGAAGAGCAAAGCAAAACCUGGAACGGGUGUGUGAAAAAUGUGGAAGAAAAUUCACUCAGCUAAGAGAGUAUAGGAGACACAUGAACAACCAUGAAGGAGUUAAGCCAUUUGAGUGCUUAACAUGUGGAGUUGCUUGGGCUGAUGCCCGAUCUCUAAAACGCCACGUCAGAACACAUACUGGUGAACGGCCCUAUGUCUGUCCUGUAUGUAGUGAAGCCUACAUAGAUGCUCGAACACUCCGUAAACAUAUGACAAAAUUCCACAGAGACUAUGUGCCUUGCAAAAUUAUGCUGGAAAAAGACACCCUUCAGUUUCAUAACCAAGGAACUCAAGUGGCACAUGCUGUUAGCAUCUUAACAGCAGACAUGCAGGAACAAGAAAGCAGUGGUCCUCAAGAACUUGAGACUGUGGUAGUGACAGGAGAAACUAUGGAAGCUCUGGAAGCUGUUGCAGCUACUGAAGAGUAUCCAUCGGUAUCUACACUUUCUGACCAAAGUAUUAUGCAAGUGGUUAAUUAUGUAUUGGCACAACAGCAAGGACAGAAGCUAUCUGAAGUUGCAGAAGCUAUUCAAACUGUUAAAGUAGAGGUAGCACAUAUUUCAGAAGGAGAAUGAGUAUGUUAAUGAAGAUAAAAAGAAGUGACAUCUCUUGUACACUGAACUCACAGAACAUUUGUUUACAAUUCUAUGUGACUGUCUGCUUGGAGUUUACAUAUCAAAGCUCUGGGCUGUUUGGUAACAUAACAUUUCCAAACAUUUUGUCUGGCCAAUGGGUUCUAUAGAAAAGUCCAUUUAGUGUAAAGAAAUUGAAAACAAAUCUAUUAGGUUGGUGCAGUUACUUUUGCAGCAACCUAAUAUUUGAUGGCAGCGGUUUAUCAUGAUAUACCUUUCAUGAAUUAAUGUUUAUAAAUGACUGUACUGAAUUUAAAACUGUACAGUUUCAUUUGCAUUUUGACAUUACUUUAUUAUACAUUUUGCAUUUAAAAGGCUGCACCAGUUGGCUUUUCUUCUGUUUUAUUCUCAAAAUAUAGAGAUUCUGUGAUUUAUUUGCCCUGUUUAUGGAUUAAAAAGAAAAUUCUAAUAUAAAGCAUUUCAGUAGGAUGCAUAGGUAUAUUACGUUUUUUAAAUGCUUUAGAUCUGUGAUUCUUGACUUACUAUUUAUUUUAUCCCCUUUUAAGUCAGGGAUUCUUUAUUCUGUUUUAAAGCACUUAAUGAGUUACAUGUUGUAAUCAAGUUUGCACAAUAUAUUUAUCUAUAUGAGGAACCCAUAAAUGAAUAGCUAAUUUUAAAAAUGCCAUUAAAAUGCAUGAAAUGCUUAUUAAAACCCUACUAUACUAUUUCUUCAAGGCAAGCAAAUUGACCAUGAGAAAAGAACAGAGUUAUUUAACACUGUUGAUGGGAAAAUUCUCCUUGAUAACAUACGACAAUUAAUGGAAAAAAAAAUUCUCAUUAUUUGCAAAGAAUGAACAAGUUAAUGAACAAACAAGCUAGGUUUGGUAUGUUUUCAGCUUUUGUAUCAUGUUUAAUUGUUUAAUUUGGUUGAAAAACUGCAGUUGAGAAAUCGGAUAGCAAUAUAGAUAUUCACAGCGGCUCUGUGGAUACCAUGUAAUUGUCAGGUAAUUUCAGAAUAUUGAAAAUUAUUCAGUGCAGCCCUCAUAGUAUAAUACUUGAAGAAAUUGAUUACAGUUCCACCAAAUUGUUGAAGAUAAAUUAUUUUUAAAGGUUACGAAAACUGAGUUAUAUUAAUUCAUAUGUUUGAUUUUUAAAUCCCACCUCCUCAAGCUAUCCUAUUUUCUGAUUUUGAAAAUAACCAUGAGAGAUGCCACAUUUCUCUCUGGGAAACUACCACUCAAGGUAUAAUUGUUAAAAAUUAAGCUUUUAGGUAUUAGAAGCUAUUAUAAAGUAUAAAAUUAAGACAUAAGCAGAUCACAUGUAAAUCAUUCCUAAAGCACAAGAAAAGAAUGUGCCUUGAUGUACAUAUAUUAUUAAGAUGCCUCUCCCAGUUUACUUUAAAAAUGGCUUUAAGGAUAAAGAAUAAAUGUGAUAGCUAUGCAUGCAUUAUAUAUUUGCAUUUGCAAAUUUCCCAUUGUUUUACCAGCUGUGUGGCUGACUUUCAAUUUUAAGAAGUGAAUUGACAUACAGCCCUUAACUUUAUAAUGGCUGCUCAUUUAUCUUAUCUUUCAGUUAGUGAAAAAGCAUUUCAACCUGACUAAAAUUUGGAAUUGUGUCUUUUAUGUUCCAUCCUCUGUUGUUACUAGAUUUAGUUUAAAAAUUGUAUAUGACCAUUAAUGUAUGUCAUAAACAUGUAAAUAAAAGAUGUUGAAUCUUGUUUAAAAGCAUG